AUGAACUGUAUUUCGUUGGAAACAGUUGACUUGCGAACAGUUACUCAGAUUGGUGAUGGAUGUUUUGGAGGAUGUGAAAAUCUUAAGAGUAUUAUUGGAUUAGAAACAUCAAGAGAAUAUGGUUCUAAUGUUUUCAGUGACUGUCCAAAUUUAGUUAUUUCGGAAGUUGGAGGUGCUGGCAGGGAAAUGUUUUCAAUGUGUCAUUCAAUCAUAAAUGUUGUAUUCAAUGGUAAUACAUUAGGAUCUGGAGCAUUUAUGCACUGUUUGAACUUAGAAAGUUUUGAAUGUCAAGGUAAUAUUCAAUCUAUCCCAGAAAAGUGUUUUUAUGGUUGUAUCAAACUUAUUAAUGUUGUAUUGCCUCAAUCUGUUACAAAAAUUGGAAAUUAUGCAUUUUUCAAUACUUCGCUUAGAAAUGGUUUCACAUUUGAUAAUAUUCGAAAAGUCGGCGAUCUAUCAUUUGCAUACUGUCACUUACAAAUUGUUACAAUAUUCGAUAUUCGGUACGAAUAUGAACAAAAAUAUCAAUAUAUAAUGCAACUCAAAGAUCGAGAAGAUAUUGUAUAUGUAGCUCCAUUCAAAUGUUGUAAUGAUUUGACAAAGGUUGUGUUCAAAGUUACAUCUCAACCGCCUAUGACAGGAUUUUUUGAUCAAUGCGAUAAUUUAGUUGAGAUAGAGGUUAUCUCUGAUAAUUUCAUAUUCGAAAAUGGUGUAAUAUAUGAUAAUACAAAGUCUGCAAUAGUAUCAUUUUCAAAUGUUUUACAUCUAGAAUCUUUUAUAAUUCCUGAGACUAUUACCAGAAUAUAUGAUUUAGCAUUUUAUGGCACAAAAUAUCUGAAAAAUUUAAAAUGUAAUCAUUGUGUUAUUAUAGGUGCUGCUGCAUUUUUGAAAUCAUCUCUAGAAAAUAUCAUAUUUACUGAUCCUUUAAAUAAUUAUAUAAUGUCCGUAUUAACAUUUUCAUAUUCACUAUCUCUCAAAUAUGUUGAAAUCAAAUGUCAACAAUUUCAAAUUUUUGAUUUCUUAUAUUGUAUAAAUCUUGAAUAUUUCAAGGCUCCAAUUACUCAAUUAAGUCCUGGACUAUUCAUGUACUGCAAAUCAUUAAAGGAGAUUGAUCUAAAAGAAAUUUCCUUAAUUGGUCCGAAAACAUUUUUGGACUGCCAUUCAUUAAAAAGAAUCGAAUUUGGUCAAAAGAUUGAACAAAUCAGUCAAUAUGCAUUUAAAAAUUGUAUCAAUCUUGAAACUGUAAUUUUUGACCAAUUAUCACGACUUACCAUAAUUAACUUUGGCACAUUUCAGAAUUGUAUUCAUUUAACAUCGAUUAUACUUCCACUCGGUUUGCGGAGUAUUUAUGACCUCGCAUUUUCAAAUACAGCUUUGAAAGAAAUUAGAAUUCCUACAUUGACUGAAGUAACAAGUCAUGCAUUUGAUGAUACCCCUGAUAUUAAAGUCAUAAAUACUGUUGUUUAUGAUCAUGAAUUCAUAAUGUAUAAAAAUAAUGAAAAAAGUUUUGUAACCACAAUUGGUAAGCAAAAUACAACAUACAAAUAUCAUGAUGGUUUUACUCAAUUUGAUCCGCUUUUAAUAAAUUCAAAUCAUGUUUUUAAUGAAACAAUUGGAGCUUAUGAAAACGAUUUGGGUAUUAGAACACUAAUUAUACCUGAAUCUAUUCAUGAGAUGAAUGUGAAUAUUGAAGGUUAUAAAUAUAACUUAGGAUUACAUUUUAUUGAAAAUAUUUGCUAUGAUGGGAUAGAUUUGGAAUUGUAUAUUCCAUAUAAUUAUGUAUUUGAAUAUUUUGAUGUGUGGGCAUAUGAUCCAAUGGAUUGGGAAUUACAAGGCAUUGGUCCAAUUACAGAUCUUGAUGGACCUUUUCCAUAUCCUAAAAUUUAUGCCCCUAACAUGAAAGUAGAGGCGUGCUGA